CUAUUUUUCUCAUUUCCCAAUUCAGCUUUUCCAACCAAGAUGUCUAUAAUAACUUCAGGGUCCUAUGUUCACCCCUGCUUCAUAUAUAUUUAUCAGCUCUUUUCCUUUCAAACUCUUAAUACCACUGCUGUGAAUUUCUUGAGUACAUUCACAGCUAUAUCUUGCCUAUUUUUCUCAUUUCCCAAUUCAGUUUUUCCAACCAAGAUGUCUAUAAUAACUUCAGGGUCCUACGUUCACCCCUGCUUCAUAUAUAUUUAUCAGCUCUUUUCCUUUCAAACUCAAAUAACUUCCAAAAUAAAGAUGGUUGUGAGAGCCUUCAAGUACCGUACAUGAACUCGUCUGACUUAUUCUCAUUGUGUCAUAGCUUUGCUCAAAUCAUGAGUUUGUUAUCCGGAAAAGGUUGUCGUUUUAUGGUUGUUAUACUGUACUGAUGGGUGGCUGGGAACACACCAAUGACACUCUCUAUAGGACGGAAUCAUCUCAUUUUUUGCUUACUGAAUGAACUGUGAAGAUAUGCAAGUGUUCAAGGGUACCAUUUAUCCAAGAGAGGCUGUUGUUUUAUAGUGGUGCUGUAUUGUACUGAUGGGUGGCUGGGAACACACCAAUGACACUCUCUAUAGGACGGAAUCAUCUCAUUUUUUGUUUACUGAAUGAACUGUGAAGAUAUGCAAGUGUUCAAGGGUACCAUUUAUCCAAGAGAGGCUGUUGUUUUAUAGUGGUGCUUUACUGUACUGAUGGGUGGCUGGGAACACACCAAUGACACACUCUAUAGGACGGAAUCAUCUCAUUUUUUGUUUACUAAAUGAACUGUGAAGAUAUGCAAGUGUUCAGGGGUACCAUUUAUCCAAGAGAGGCUGUUGUUUUAUAGUGGUGCUGUAUUGUACUGAUGGGUGGCUGGGAACACACUUAUGACACUAUACGUCACCAUUGUUUACUCAUUCCUCUAUUGCUUACUGAAUGAACCAUGUAUGUAAGUGUGAUUCUGGCUGUCUUUGCUCAUCUUUCCAUGCCUUACCACCCAACCCCAAGCACCAGGGACACAGUGAAGAGAUAUUAGAGGUUAUUGAAGUGAGGCUCAGACAUUCAUCCUCCGAGCAAGGCUUACUCAAAAACAGUGAUUCUGGCUGUCUUUGCUCAUCUUUCCAUGCCUUGCCACCCGACCCCAAGCACCAGGAACAUUGUGAAGAGAUAUUAGAAGUUAUUGAAGUAAGGCAGAGAUCUUCGUCCUCCGAGCAAGGCUUACUCAAAAACAGUGAUUCUGGCUGUCUUUGCUCAUCUUUCCAUGCCUUGCCACCCGACCCCAAGCACCAGGAACAUUGUGAAGAGAUAUUAGAAGUUAUUGAAGUAAGGCAGAGAUCUUUGUCCUCCAAGCAAGGCAUACAUGAAAACAGUGAUUCUGGCUGUCUUUGCUCAUCUUUCCAUGCCUUGCCACCCGACCCCAAGCACCAGGAACAUUGUGAAGAGAUAUUAGAAGUUAUUGAAGUAAGGCAGAGAUCUUUGUCCUCCAAACAAGGCAUACAUGAAAACAGUGAUUCUGGCUGUCUUUGCUCACCUUCCCAAGCCUUACCACCUGACCCCAAGCACCAGGAACAUUGUGAAAAAAUAUUAGAGGCUAUUGGAGUGAGGCUGAGACAUUCAUCCUCUGAGCAAGGCAUACAUGAAAACAGUGAUUCUGGCUGUCUUUGCUCAUCUUCCCAAGCCUUACCACCUGACCCCAAGCACCAGGAACAUUGUGAAGAGAUAUUAGAGGUUAUUGAAGUGAGGCUCAGACAUUCAUCCUCCGAGCAAGGCUUACUCAAAAACAGUGAUUCUGGCUGUCUUUGCUCACCUUCCCAAGCCUUGCCACCCGACCCCAAGCACCAGGGACACAGUGAAGAGAUAUUAGAGGUUAUUGAAGUGAGGCUCAGACAUUCAUCCUCCGAGCAAGGCUUACUCAAAAACAGUGAUUCUGGCUGUCUUUGCUCAUCUUUCCAUGCCUUACCACCCAACCCCAAGCACCAGGGACACAGUGAAGAGAUAUUAGAGGUUAUUGAAGUGAGGCUCAGACAUUCAUCCUCCGAGCAAGGCUUACUCAAAAACAGUGAUUCUGGCUGUCUUUGCUCAUCUUUCCAUGCCUUACCACCUGACCCCAAGCACCAGGGACACAGUGAAGAGAUAUUAGAGGUUAUUGAAGUAAGGCAGAGACUUUCAUCCUCCGAGCAGGGCAUACAUGAAAACAGUGAUUCUGGCUGUCUUUGCUCACCUUCCCAAGCCUUACCACCCGACCCCAAGCACCAGGAACAUUGUGAAAAGAUACUAGAGGCUAUUGGAGUGAGGCUGAGACAUUCAUCCUCCGAGCAAGGCAUACAUGAAAACAGUGAUUCUGGGUGUCUUUGCUCACCUUCCCAAGCCUUACCACCCGACUCCAAGCACCCAGGGAUGUUGUGAAGAUAUUAGAGGCUAUUGGGGUGAGGCUGGGACCUUCACCCUCAUAGCAGACGCAUCACCACUCGCCACUGACCAAAGUUAAGCAUUGUAAACAUUGACCAAAGCUAGGCACCAUGAUCUCUCGUUGCGUCAUUCACUGUACAGCUUUUUUCAUGUUUUGUUAGGCCGGUUGUGUGGAGGAAUAAAACAUGGAAUCCAAAA